CAAACAGGUCUACAUGUAUAAAGAGAUCAUCCCAGGACUUUUUUAAGUCAGGAGGCAUCCGAGCAUCGUGCCGAAACUGUCUGGAAAACUUUGGGAUAUCCACGCUGUUUGGACUUUGUCACUUUUUGUUCUUCAGCAGAACUUAAGGGAUUUAUUUUUCUUUCUCUAUGUUUGUUAAAGAAUUGAAGAGAAGUAUCAUGCAGAUGCCCUUAGCGCACCACAUCUUGGCUGUGCAGUUCAUUCUGUAUGGAUACUGUGGAGACGUUUACGGGGGAGCAGUUCUGAUGAAUUCCAACGCGAUCAAAACCUUAGCGGGUGCGGGCAAAGGUGCAGACACCGUCAGUCCAAGUCCGCGCACCUCACCUCCCGGUGGCAUCGGGCACAGAUUACCCAUGGACAACUUGCAGCACUCAGGUGUUUGCACGGAUGAUGAAGACUGCGGAGGUGAUGAAUUCUGCAACGACGUCCGGGGCGUUUGCCUGCCGUGCCGUAAGUGCCGUAGGCGCUGUGUGAAGGACUCCAUGUGUUGCGCAGGAAACCGCUGCAUCAACGGUGUUUGUCAAGUAAAUGACAGUCAUAACUCAGACUUAUUUGUCACAACUGGCUGGCAGAAACACAACAAUACCAUGGUGCAUCAAGGAAAGAAGAUAUCCACAGCCCCUGGCUUCCAACCUAACCCCGUCAAAGGCCAGGAGGGUGAUGCAUGUCUGAGAUCCACGGACUGCUCCUUGGGCCUGUGCUGUGCCAGGCACUUUUGGUCCCGCAUCUGCAAACCCGUGCUGACAGAGGGCCAGGUGUGCACGCGCCACCGCAGGAAAGCCAACCACGGCUUGGAGCUGUUCCAGCGCUGCGACUGUGGUGAGGGCCUGGUGUGCAAGCUGGAGAAAGGAGAGCGAGAUCACAGUGUCAGCAGGACUGCAGCCCGAAACCUACACACCUGUCAGAGACGCUGACACACCCACCUGGAUGCACAUUCCCAGAGAGACCUAAAAAUACACAUUCACUCACACACAAAGACACACAUCGAUAAAUCAGUGACAGACACUGCAGACACUGACAAAUUCUCCUCUUGAGACUUGGCGUUCACCAUGCUGACACACACUCAUAUGCACUCACACACACAAGACACCCUACACCUGAGACAUUCUUUCCUGCCAAAUUUACUGAAACCAAUAAAUUACCAGGACGAAUGGACAUGAACCCUGGAAAAGUGAUACACCUGCAGGGACAUAACGUUGUGAGACCAGCUUCUCCAAAUCUCCAUCAGCAUGUGAAGAAUCCAAAAUUGGGAAGAAGUUGGAGAAUCAAUUCCUGUUGUUAGUGGCACAGCUGCUUUUGUUUCUCUUUUAUGGAACUUUAAGCCACUGUUAUUGCAGUAAAUUACUGUAGUGUAAAUAAUAUCCUGCAGGUGGCACUUAUUUGUCCCAUUGAAUUAAGUCAACACCAGUAUUAUAAAAGACAUGGUGCUGCAUGUUUUGUAAAUAUGUUAUAUAGAAAUAUAUUAAAAUAUUUUAUUUUAUAUGAAGCAAUGUAAAGAACAUGUGAAUAUUUGUUUUAUUAAAUGUCUUAUGAUAACCUCA